GCGGCCAUUUGAGAUCCACUCCAGUACAGCAGCGGCUGAGGUCCUCAGCAUCAUCCACGCCCAGCAGCUGCACUUCUCCUGCAUCUGGAGCCCAGGAAUGAAGCAUCUGAUCCGCAGUCUCCUAACCAGAGACCCCUCAAGUCGCCCGUCGAGUCUGUCUGAGGUCCAGGCGUCUCCGUAUCUGGCGGAUGUGGAUUGGGAUGCCGUGCUGCAGAAAUCCGUCCCACCUGGAUUCGUUCCAAACAAGCGCCGUCUGAACUGCGACCCCACAUUUGAGCUUGAGGAGAUGAUCCUGGAGUCCCGUCCGCUGCACAAGAAGAAGAAACGCCUGGCCAAGAGCAGAAACCAACCCUCCAACCCGCUGCCGACGCACAUGCAGAGAAGUUUAGACUCGCUGGCAGAAGAUUUCAUUGCCUUCAACAGAGAAAAGUACGUUUGUCUGAUUUAAAGUCUUGAUCAGUUUGUAACUGAUGUCAUCUUUGUUAAAUAAAUGUGA